AUGAGCCUAAGAUUGCAAUCAGAGGCUGAUGGCCAAACAGUAUUGGAUAAUAUUUCUUCCCUUCCAGGUGGAACAGCUGUUGCGAUAUCCAUCAGAAAAGGUUCAUAUGUGUCCGACCCUCUCUUCCGAGCACUCUCCGCAAUUGGCGCUGUCCAGGUCACCCAACUCACUGCCCCCACUACAUCGCUCUACUUGGUGUGUGGCUUCAAAGGAUGGGCCCCGGGCACUGCACGUGAGACCAUCACCGGCACCAGUGUCAUUAUGAACCUCAGUCCAGACUGCACCAUCCCAAACCAACUCUCGGUGAGCUUGGUCAACAACUCAUCGGCCAGGGUCAUUAUCAAUGGUUGGCCUUUCGAGUUUGUGUACAAACUCGGUCUCAACGUGUUUGUGGUUCUCAAGGACUCACUUGAAGUUGUAUCCAACAUCAACUUCAACACUACGGCAGUUGACAAUGCCACCAGGAUGGAUGAGAACAACAAGUUCAUUCAACAUAUAAAGUCACAAUCACAAGAUGGCAGCACACUUGUCAUAGUGAUGGCCAAUGUCAAUGAUGGUCAACCCCUUGGACUUACCAAGCAAUCAGUUGAUGUCAUCAACAACACCCUUGGCAGUCAAUACCUAAACCAGUUCAUUGAUCAGAGUGACCAAAACAAGUGGUACAUGAUAUCAUCCAAUGGCCGAUCAUGUUGUGAGUCCAGCGCUGGCACAAACAUCGUUUGCCAAGGUGUCUACUACCCACCCAUGACCACCUUCCCUUCCACAAGUGUGUCUGUUGGGUCAUGUUCAAGAGCUAACGGCAAGAAUGGUUGUCGUACUACCAUCAACGGUGUACCAGUAUCUGCAAUGGCCGGCAACACCUCUCCAGAUGUUGUACUUGUCAUGACCAUUGUGGAUGAAUCACUUCGUGUGGUAUUGGAUCACUUCCAGAUAGUGUUCGACACAUCCACACCAAAUGGUCCCAAUCAAAUCACCCAGUCAGAUGCUGCGGACUACAUUUUAUUCAAUGUAUCAGUUGGUUCACUAGUCAUAGUCUGUUCUGCCCCAUGCCCAACCAGUUACGAUUCGUUGAACCCCAAACUUAUUGAAGCAUAUAGAGGUAUUGGUUCCAACUUGAUCAAGAAUCUCAAAAAUAAUGGAUCCUACGUCAUCGCCGGAAGGAAAGGAUCAACACCAGGAUCAGUCCCCGAACUACUAUCAUUUAGGGGACCAGUGUCCCUCUUUACCUACUUCGCAAGCAAGGACUACAGUGUCAAGCCAUUCGUAGAAGCUCGAGUUGAGAGCAGUGGUAGAAAAUCACCAACUGACAACUCUGGCUUCACCAAACUCUAUUUCAACUCUAGAGAGGUAGUACCAUUCACUUAUCGCUCUGGCCUCAAUGUCAUGAUCAUUAACAUUAUCACUGGAGAGAUUGAGAUAGUUGCAUCCUUCGCAACUGGAUCCUCAGUUGAUGAGUCUAACAGAAUGGAGACCUUCAUCAACUCGAUUGAAGCUGGCAAGCUUGUCGCUAUCGGAUCAUGCAAUGACUGGGUCCAGUGCAUGACAGUAACACUACGCACUGCUCUCAACUAUCGACUUGGUGGUAUCACUUACGGUUAUCCCAUUCAAAAGGGAUCAUCCUAUUCAAUCAUUGGCAUUGCUUCUCCAAUUGGACAACAAAACAUGUCCACCCCUGCCCAAUCCUACUCUGCUGGAGACACGAUCGAGAACUCAGUUGCCAUUUCUUCAAUCCGAAUGCCAGUUCGUCAGCUCUAUAGUCCAACCCAGCUGUACUCAUCACUCACAGUCACAACAAAUGGUAUAACUGUUGAUGGCAAUCCAGUUGGAACUAUGAUCGAUAACAUCAAAGUGUACCCAGUACCUGGAACAUAUUCAAUCGACCAAGUCAAGAAGGUCAAGUCAUUCAAGGUCACUGGAACUGGAGACAACUUCUACGAUCUUAUCUACAAUCUCCCAGUCGGAGCAGUGGUGAUCAUCUCCAUCACCAACCAGCUAGAGUUGACCGAGAAGUUGUGUGAGGCAUUUAUCAUGCUUGGACUCUCAAUGUUCAAAGAAGCAAUGAAGGCUGUAUCGCCAUACUACUUCGCCACCGGCACCAAGGGUAGUGGAAUUGGUACUGGUCACGAGGUUAUCUCCAAAGAUGAACAACCUUCAGUUGUUUCCAACUCCACUAUGAUACCGACCGGUGCUCUACCACCCACCACUCAACCUCCAUCGCCAACCCAAUUCCAAGUGGACGUCUUCCGCAAUCAGCUCCUAUACUUGAGUGGGGAUAGCAGUCCAAACAGGGUCCAUGGAUUCUCCCCCAAAAUGCUUACAAACUUAGUUUCGAGUGCUGGUGCCUUGACCCCGCCCAUGUCUGGAAUCACUGUCAUCACUCUCAGAGCACUUAUCAUUGGACUCCAAUACCUGGGGACUGGCGAGGACGUGCUCGCAGGUGCAGCCGAUGUGUUAACCAACCAUGUGACAGGCAUCUAUCACUACCUGAAUGCAGUCGCACUAUCAUUGAUGCAGGAACGAAACGACCUCGUCGUUUAUGUUAGAGUCACCCAGCUGAUUGAAGAAGAAACUACCACCACUGAUCAGAUGCCUUUGUCAGUCAAUGUGAAUAGAGAGUUGAACUCUAGGAGUCUCUAUCAGAGGACUGGUGAUGUCAACUACACCUUCUUCCUUUGUCACGGUGCAGAUAAUCAUGGCCAAUACGCAUUUGAGCUCUUGGACAGACCCAUGUUCGGAACUGAAGUCCAACAACUCAUCACCUUGGAUCCUAGCAUCAACAAUACAGUCUUGAUCAAUUCCUGUAACGCUGGAUUGUUCUUUGACAACAAUGCUCAGUUCCAACCUUGUUUCGGCCUUCCAGUAUGCCAAGCCAAUUCCUUGACAACAAUUGAGCCCAUUGCCUAUCUGAAUGGCCCCCUUCUCAAUCCACAAUUUAACUACAAUACUACAGUGCAACACCUUAGUAUACCAUUCCAGGAGAAUAAUAACGAACCGAUUGUGAUCGAAGGUGAAGAUGAAAUCUACAUCUUUGGUCAACCACACCUGAUACCAUUCCAGGGCCGCGAUGGAUGGAGUUUCUUCCUUGCCCCAGUCCACAUUCCAAACCCUAUCAACAAAAACCAAGACAGGAUAGAAUAG